CCGCCAAAUGCUGUAUGUAAACAGUGGCUGGACACGAGGGUUACUGGGUACUGGUGCAGGCAGCUUCACAAGCUCUUGUUCCUGGCGUACACCACCUCUGUACCUCGUGAAAAAGAUCUGGGUCAGAAAAUAUAAGAAACGAUUGGAUUGAUACAGUAAGCUAGGCUAUUAUAGUCCUUCAGACCAAACUACAACAACGACUCUUAGUAUAUAAAAGCUAAAGAAGGCGUCAUUUUCUUCAUCAUGCCUGGUGUUGAUGACUGGAUACAAUCCCCUCUCAGAACCGUUGAUAGGAUUUUUGAGGAGUGUGGACCAUCAGGGCAAUGGAGGGAGAAGGUGAAAGAAUUUUUUGAAAGUGAAAUAAGGAAACCAUCAGUUCUUGCAAAGGUUCCAUGGGUAAACGAAACUCCACUUCAUGAUCUGCGUUGCAAUCAGGUGGUGCGCUUCAGAGGUAUGGUACAAGAUAUGUUUGAUAAUGAGUUCUUCUUGGAUGUAUAUGAAGUACAUGGCAGCAACAACAGGUCUUCUAGUCUUCAGUCAGGGCGCUACAAGGACAUUGCAGAAUGUGGGGCCGGAGAAACAAUUGUGACAGACUCUCCUCGGUGUGAGACGGGAGAUCGCUUCACAUACUACUGCAUCCCAGUUCCUGGAGAAAAUGAUUGGGUAAAAGAGAUAUAUCAAGAUAGGAAUCCAUCUACAAUAAGUGCAAGUGCCUCAAAUUGUGUGUCUAAAAAAAAGCGUAGUGCAACUGAAGAACAAGAGCAUUGUUCAGCUGGAAAUACAUGUGCUGAAUUAGCAACAGGAGACACAGAUCGCAUGGAAUUGGAAGAGGUAAAUCAAGGAGAAAAGAAACGCAAUAAAACAGACAGACAAGAUGAAGUAACUCAAAAUUUGCAGGAAACAAGCAUCACUACUUUGGCUUCUCCUUCUAAUGGAACAGUUGACCUCAACUUCCCUAUUCCAGGAAUGAACGGCACACCAUGUCUUAUUAAGAUAUAUGAUGAUCAGAUCUUAUCCCUUAAUGACAUUGUUGAAGUUGUUGGUAUACUGUCCAUUGAUCCUGCAUUGUCAUUAUUGGGCUCUGAUCACGAGGGAAAACCUGAAAUGAGUGUGGCUACAAUGGAGAUGGAGGAAGAUGCUGUUCAUUGCUUACCACCUUCUCUUGUACCCAGAUUACAUGUUCUCUCUGCUCGAAAACUGUCCCAUACAAACCCACUUCUUCCAGCUGACUUGGACUGCUCCGGUGGUAUAAAAACACUGAAAGGGAGCAUGCGAGAAACCCGGGAAUUACUCCGUCGGGUUUUUCAGGAAGCUUUCUUGGGAGAUGCACUUGCUGCCGAGUUCAUGAUCUGCCACUUGAUGUCCUCUGUGUACUUGAGACAGGAUAUAAUUGCACUCGGAAAGUACAGCAUGAACAUCUCUGGAAUAAACAAGUCUUUACAAGAGCAGCAGUAUACUACCUUAAUGUACAAGCUGAUCAGCAGUCUCGUCACUCAGUCCUCCUUCUUCUCCAUGACACUCGCCAACAUGAAUACUAUGAAUUUCAUUCCAAAGAAGGAUUACAAAACAAACAGGUUGGUAAGUGGGCUGCUUCAGUUGAGCCAACACGUGCACCUAAUAGUCGAUGAAACUGCUCUCACAGCUGGCCAGUUAGAUACCAAAGGAGUUCAGAACCUUACUGCUCUGGGCAAUGUUAUAAAUUGGCAAAAGACAGAUUAUGAUUUUCAAUAUCAUCAGAUUGAACAACACACCAAUAUUCCAGUUCUCAUUCUCUCAGAAGGAAGAUCCAUGAUCAGUAGUGAUGCCGAAGUGAGAUUGGAACCCAAGAACUUGGAUGUAUCUGCAGCAUUCAGCAACAUUCAGUCUAUGUUAACUCCAGAUUUCCUUCAGACGCUGCGUUCAUACCUGACCACAGCUCGAUUGUUGGACUAUACACUAUCAGAAGAGAUGCAAAAGAUGGUGCAGGAUGACUUUGUUGAUAGCCGUAAGAGGGAUAAUGGCAUUACAGCAAGUGACCUUCACAGUCUUCUAAUUCUUGCCAGACUUGUUGCAGUGAGUUGUGGAGAAACAUCACUUACUCCCGAUAUCUGGAAAAGUGUUAAAAUUCUUGCCAAUGAGCAAAAGUUGCGUUUGAGUGCAAAACUGCAGUGAUUUUUUUUUUUGUAAGUGUAUGGUGUUAUUAUACUUUAUUAAAAAAAUAUACUUUAUAAAAAUAUUAUACUUUAAAAAAAUUUAGU